AUGGGUGGCGGGGUGGACGAGGCCGACAUGGCCAUAUGGACGUUCAAGAAGAUUCUGGUGGCCAACCGGGGAGAGAUUGCGGCGCGCGUGAUGCGGUCGGCGGCGGCGAUGAACACGGCGACGGUGGCGGUGCACUCGACGGCGGACGCCAACUCGCUGCAUGUCAAGAUUGCCGAUGAGGCGGUGUGCAUUGGCCCGCCGCCGUCGGCCGAGUCGUAUCUGCAGAUGGAUGCCAUUCUGGAGGCGGCCAAGGCGACCGGCGCGCAGGCCAUCCACCCGGGCUACGGCUUCCUCUCGGAGAACGCCGAGUUCUCGCGCAAGUGCACUGCUGAGGGCAUUACCUUUAUCGGCCCGCCGCCCGAGGCCAUGAUUGCCAUGGCCUCCAAGUCCAAGUCGAAGGAAAUCAUGGAGGCCGCCAACGUGCCGGUCGUUCCGGGCUACUACGGCGACGACCAGAGCCUUGAGCGGCUGACCGCCGAGGCCAAGACCAUCGGCUAUCCGAUCAUGAUCAAGGCCGUCAUGGGCGGCGGUGGCAAGGGCAUGCGCAUUGUCCGGUCCGAGGCCGAGCUCGAGCGCUCGCUGGCGUCGGUCAAGUCCGAGUCGCUCUCGUCGUUUGGCGACGACGGCGUGCUCAUCGAAAAGUACCUCGAGGUUCCGCGCCACAUCGAGCUGCAGGUCUUUGCCGACACCCACGGCAACGUCGUGCACCUCUUUGAGCGCGACUGCUCGGUCCAGCGCCGCCACCAGAAGGUGCUGGAGGAGGCACCGGCGCCGGGCAUGGACGAGGGCUGGCGCGCCGACAUGGGCGCCGCCGCCGUCGCCGCCGCCAAGGCUGUCAACUACGUUGGUGCAGGCACCGUCGAGUUUAUCGUCGACACCACCGACAACUCGUACUACUUUAUGGAGAUGAACACCCGCCUCCAGGUCGAGCACCCGGUCACCGAAAUGAUCACCGGUCAGGACCUGGUCCAGCUCCAGCUCCAGGUUGCCGCCGGCGCCACCUUGCCGUUUGAGCAGGACGAUCUCGCCAUCAACGGCCAUGCCAUCGAGGCCCGCAUCUACGCCGAGGAUCCCGACAACGACUUUCUGCCCGGCACCGGCACCCUCGAGCACCUCGACCCGCCGCCGGUCUCCGACUCGGUCCGCGUCGACACCGGUGUGGUUCAGGGUGACGAGAUCUCCGUCUUCUACGACCCCAUGAUUGCCAAGCUCAUCGUGUGGGCACCUGACCGCGCCGCCGCCCUCGCCAAGCUCGGGCACGCCCUCGACGACUACCACAUUGUCGGCCUCAAGACCAACAUUCCCUUUGUCCGCUCCAUCCUCGACCACCCGGCCUUUGCCGACGCCACCGGCCUCGAGACCGGCUUCAUCCCCAAGUACGGCGAUGACCUCCUGGCCCCGCGGCCUAUCGCGCCGACCGCGCACGCCAUGGCUGCCCUUGCCUCGGCCCUCGCCGCAGACCCCGGUCUGGCCCACGGCGCCACCUCGGUCCUCGGCGCCUCCUCGCCCUGGGCCACCGAGGCCGGCUUCCGCCCCAACCACGACCGCACCGCCUCGCUCGCCCUCGGCGACGUCGACGUUCACAUCACCACCAACACCGUCGGCGGCGUCCCGCGCCACUUUACCAUCACCGUCGGCGACGAGGUCUUCGAGAACGUCACCGGCGAGUACGACGUUGAGACAGGCGCCCUCGUCGCCCGCAUGGGCAACAACACCCUCAAGGCCAAGGUCGUCUUUGAAGCCGCAGGCACGGCUGUUCACCUCUUUUCCGGACCCACACGCGUCGCCUUUGACCUGCCGCGGCCCGAGUUCCUCGACGCCACCCUCGCCGGCUCAGCAGGCUCGCUCAACGCGCCCAUGCCUGGCAAGAUCCUGCAGGUCCUCGUCAAGCCCGGCGACGCUGUCGUUGCCGACCAGCCGCUCGUCGUCAUGGAGGCCAUGAAGAUGGAGCACACCAUCUGCGCCACCCGCGACGGCGUAGUCUCGGCUGUCUCGUUCUCGCCGAACGACAUUGUCGACAAGGACGCCAUCCUUGUCGAGCUCGAGGCCGAGGAUGAGGAGUAAAUGCGCCUCCCGCCACUCA